AUGGUAUUCACUCCGAGCGGUAUCGUGUUAACUCUCCCAAUGUUCGAACUCUACGAGGGUCCCCUUGUCAAUCUAGUCGGGGUUACUGUAGCAUUCUAUCCAUCGUUGGAACCAAUUGUCACUAUCAUUUGUAUUAAAGAUUUCAGAAAAUUGGAAUUUCGAAAACGAAACGAAGACGAUCGAGUAUUUCAGUUGAGAAAUUCGGGUGGAAUAACAUAG